GAGGCUAUUUUUGCCAUACUUUUCCAAAGAUAAAGGCCCCCCAAGAAUAAGAUGCCAAAUAAACGGUGUAAAAAGGAAAAGAUUUUUCAAAAUAGUUGUGGCAAAUCAAAAAGAUAAGAAAAAUGGAAAACACAUAGAAGUCUUAGGCACAUAUGUAAAUAAAAAUAAUAUAAGGGAAAAAUUAAACACGUAUAACAUUGGCAACCCGAAUAAUGAUUACUAUUAUAACAAUGUUGAAAAUAUUAAAGAAAUUAGAUUAAGAUUUAAUAGAGUUAAAUUUUGGCUAGCAGCAAACUGUAACUUUAGUGACCACAUGAAAUACGUUUUAAGCUUAUGUAAAAUAAUACCACAGUACCCAGUAAAAUAUAGCAGAAGGUGUUCCGAUAAAUAUUACUACAAAUAUAACGAAAUUAUAAAUAAACAUAAACUUAUACAAGCAGAAAAAAUCAAUAAUUUCCUGAAAACAGAUUUAAAUAUACAAUACCUGAAUAACUUUGACAAAACAGAAGAGGAACAAAAGGAACAGGAUGAUUAUAUAUACACCCCUGAAGAACUUACAUAUCUUAAAAAAUUAUCAAAAAAUAGAAACUUAGACUUUGAGCAUACCGACAAAAUUAGGAAAAUUAUUCGGUA